UGUUCAUAGAGUCAGUCGCCCUGAUGUCUAGAAUCUUGUUGCAAAGAUCACUCAGGGGGCCAAAAUGAGAGAAAAAAAUACUAAAACGUCUCUUGUUUUCACUUUAUUCCUUCUCACGAAACUGACUUUUUUACAUUUGAGCGACUGCCAGCCCAUGGACAUUCGAGGCCUAUUCGUACGAAAACAUGGAAAAUUGGAAACCGAGAACUCUCCGCAACAACAGGUAAGGCUAUUUCAAGAAGAAUUAGGGUACGUCUCACUUUUACAUGCAUCUCACGAAACCAAACGCAGAAAGGAGAGAAAUGCCCCACACACGCGCUAUCUCCAUAAAAGAGGGAGCAAUGUUCACAGUGGGGUCAGGGCUGAAAUUGCACGAGCUCUUGCACAUCACAUCGAAGGCAUGGAACCUAACUUUAAAUCGGCGACCUUCCAGCAACUUUGGAGUGAACUGAAGGAGCCACUUACUGUUGUAAUGAGACCGGGAAAAAUAGAGGACCUUUUAACAGAGCUACAGAAAUGUAACUUGGGAAACACCCCUCAUGGAUAUGAAAUUCCAUCAGAUUUGGAUGGUAUUAAAAGAGACUUGGUUAUUUGCAAAAUCUAUGAAACGUUAGAGAAGAAUGAAGAAACUUCUUCUGCUGAAAAGUCUAAACACAAUAAGGGUGACUACGCCAGUAUUUGGAGUCUCCUCAAGCAGCCACUGACCAGUUGUUUUAAGGUCGCAGAGCUGUCGUCGUUAAUGAAUGAGUUGGCGCAGUGUUUACCGCGGUUUGAGUUGGCGGGAAUCAAGUACCAGGUCCCAAGUAAGAUGUCUGAGGUGAAAAGAGAUGUGAUCAUUUGUAAAGUUGAUGAAUUGUUUAACAAACCCCAUGUUGACGAUGAUUCAACAGGAAGUGGAACGGAGGUUUAAUUCAAUCAUCACUCGAAGAGUGAAAGAUGCAAUUUCACGCUUUAAAAACAUCGAAAAAUACUUGGUGGACCUACGGGUCACAGCUGCACUGGAUACUUUUCCUCACAGCUGUAAGUUAUAACCCUGAAUUACUGAAAAAUCGACAAUCAAACUAAUUUCAACCAAAUGGCAGGGAAAAAACCCACGCUUUAACAGCCAAUAUUUAGGACAAUUUUACGAAAUGUUCCCACAAGCACCUAGUUCGGGUACAGUGCAGAAGAUUGACAGGUAAUUUACUGAUGAAGAAGUGUCGGUCUCUGUAAGACCGCGUAUCACGAAUUAUUUUAUUGACUGAUCAGUUCAUCCAUCCGUCCAUCAUCUUUCCAUCAUCCACUCAUGAAUCAUGAUAAAAUCCCUCCUUUCAUGCAUACACGCAUUAACUAAGUCAUGGCGCACGCAUACAUGCAUGCAUGGUAUGCCUGUAGGCACUCAAAGCGAGGGACUCAGUCAAGGAACAAAAUGCUCUUGAAAAAAAAAAUCUCUGCGCGCUUCUCGAGUAUUGAUACUGACACAGUGCCCAGUGAACGUUUAAAAAUGAUUGCGAAGAGUUGAUUUCUAAAACUAUCUCGACAGUGAUUCAAAUGUAAGGCCCCUGUAUUUCAUUUCAAAGUCGAAAAUGACGAAACCGCUAUAUACGUGUAGUGUAUUGAUAUAAUUUUGAUUAUAAAAUAAGGGGGUCGAUCGAGGAGAUAAGUGCAUAAUGAAACUAUU